AGCUUACGCAAAAUUGUUGGUAGUCGAUGACACGCAAGGGCUGUUAAUUACGGGUGUCAUGGAAAGGUUAGGAGGUUAUGGCAUUGUUCUUGGUGUACACGAUGGUGAACAUCACAAUUAUGACAUUGUAAGGUAUAUGAAUUUUUCGAAGAAGGUUAAUGAUUCGUUAAUGGUAUUAUCUUGGCAACAAAUUUUUAAAGAAGAAUGUCAAGCAACAUUCAAUUACCAAGACGAGUCUAAACUGUCUCAAAAGGACCUUAAAUUUUAUCUCCGUAAAAAGGCAAAUUAUGAAAAAGUGCAGGAAGCAAGAAAAAUUUUAUGGCAAGGUGGAUUUGAUGGAUUAUUAGUUGCAAGUCAAUAUCAGCCAGAAUCAAUCCUGGAUACACUAGUCCCUUAUUUGGCUGGAUCAAGACCAAUUAUAAUUUACCAUAUUAACAGAGAGGUAUUAGUGAAUACUUGUGUUCACAUGCGAAUAUCUGGAAAAUUUCUAAAUCCACAAAUAACAGAGAGCUGGUUACGACAGUACCAGGUUCUACCCGGUCGAACUCAUCCAUCAAUGUCAACGAGCGGGGGUGGUGGUUACCUUUUACAAACAAUCUACACUAGAGGUAUCGAAACCGUGAUAGCUUGUGGUUGUACACGAUCAUAUUGUUCUCUUUUGGAAAAGCCAAGAGCAAA